AUGAAAACAAUUGCAUUAAUUGUCAAAGUGGCUAUUAUUUAGAUGACAACUUUUCUUAUAUUUCCUCUUGUGGAGAUUGAAUACUUGCACAUGAUGAGAAAUGUGAAAUUGAUGAUCAAAAUUGUUUAAGUUGCACUUUUGAAGUUUCAAAUUAAUGUGAAUUAUAUUUGAAGAUCAUUGCUAUAGAUGUGAACAUGGUUUUUAUAUUAAUUAAUAUACUAAUAUCUGUGAAUCUAAGUGUGGAGAUGGAAUAAUAACAUAUGAUGAAGACUGUGAGGAUAACAAUAAUAUAGAAUAUGAUGGUUGUUAUUAUUGUAAAUAUUCUUGUAAGUAAUAAUCUUUAAAUUGCAUAAAAGGAGUUUGUUUAAGAAUGUAAUAAAAACUACUACUUUGGGAUGGAUUUUGUUAUGGGGAAGAGAAUGAAAUUGGUUAAUUUCCUGAAUGCAAAGAGAAUAUUUAUCGAUAAUGCUUAAUGUGCUAGAAAGAUAAUAAUUUAAAUGAAUAUGGGGAUUUUAUUUCUGAAUGUUUGGAAAGUUGUGAUCAAUGUUGUGAUGGCUAAUGUUUUUAAUGUAUUGAACUUUAUGAGAAUAUAUGCAUUUUACCCUAGUAGUGUUAAACAGGUUUAAAAUUUAAUUAAGAAAAUAAAUUUGUGAAUCUUUAUGAUAUGAUGGAUUUAUUAAUGGAUGUGAAGGAUGCAAUGAUUAAAAUAUGGAGUAAUUUGAUGGUUGCUAUUAGUGUAAAUAUAAGUGUGAGAUAAGUGCAUUUAAUGUAUUUAUGUUAAAUAUUUUUAAUGUUUAUGUUUAAGUAAUUAUGAAUUAGAUUAAUUAAAUAAUUCAUGUAAAUCUAUAAAACUUUAGCUAACAAUUUAAGAGUAACCUAACUGUAAAUUGUUUUUAGAAUAGCUUAUGUAUUUUUUGUUAAGUUGGAUAUCAGAUUUGAUUACUAACACUUGUAUAAUUGAGUAAAAUCAAUAAAUGCUCUUGGAAUAGUAAAUAAUUUUCUUUUCACAAUGUUUAGAAUAUGAAUUUGGAUAUUAUGGAAAUAAAUUUUUGCCUAAGUUUGGUGAUGGCAUAUUAGUUUAAUAAGAAGAAUGCAACGAUGCCAAUUUAUAUGAAACAGAUUCUUGUUUAAAUUGUAAAUAUAUGUCCUUAAAAUUGCAAUUAAUGUGCUUAUGGAAUUUGUAUUCAUUUUUUUUUGGAUCUAUUUGGAUAUUGUAAGUAAUUCAUGUGAUUCAGUUUGUGGUGAUAAUAUGCUAGCAAAUGAUGAAGCUUGUGAUGACGAUAAUGAAUAGAGAUAUGAUGGAUGUUUCUAAUGUAACUCUUAAUGUCAGAUAGAAUGUCUACAUUGCGAAUUUGGAAAGUGUAUAGAAUGAUAAUCUCCUUUAGUGGCAGUAUAAUCAAAAAGUUAUUCGUGAAGAAUUAAACUUAUGUGAUAGUUCAAUAGGAUUUUAUCAAGAUGAUUGUGGUAGUAAUUGUCUGCCAUUAUAUGUUGUUGCAGGCAAUGAAUAGUGCGAAGAUUAGAAUAAUAUUCCUUAUGAUGGAUGCUAUGAAUGCUAAAUUUAAUGUUAAAUAGUUUUAUUACUUUAUAGAAAUUCUUGUAUUCCUAAUUGUGGAGAUGGAUUUGUAAUAAAUGAUUAUGAAGAUUGUGAUGAUUAAAAAGCUUAACCAUAUGAUGGAUGUUUUGAAUGCUAAUUUUAAUGUACAAUGAAUUGUUUAAUCUGCUCUAAAGGAACAUGUCUUUAAUCUGAUAUAGAUUAUUCCUUCGAGAAUAAUAAAUGUUUGUUAAAAAAAUAAAAUGAUGAUCCUAAUUCUACCAUUUUUAAAUAAUCUUAAAAAAAUAAUGACACAAUUUUAGAUAGUUAAAAUUCAUAAUUGGAGCUAUUAAAUGAAAAUAAGAUAUGCUAACAAUCUGAAUUUGUAUACUCUCAAAAAUCCUCUAUAAAACUGACUUUUAAAAAUUAAUCCUUUACUUUAUAACAUGUUGAAAUUACAUUUGAGCAAUACAAGGCCAGCAAUUGUUUAACAUAAGUAUAAGUGACUUGGCUCCCUAGAGUUAUAAUAUCAUAGUCAAUUCAAUUUAAAUGA